AUGAGCCCAAGCCCAAUGUACGCACGUGCGGGCUCUCUUGGCACGUGCCUCGCGGUAAAACCCCAGAAGCGACUUCGCCUUGCUCGGCAACCUCAAUUCCACCUUCUUCUUCUUCUUCGUCGACUUUGUAAAGCUUCGCUGAUUCAGAUUUCGAGCUUCAUUCAUUUUGCUGCAUCAGAGAUGAUGAACCUCAUAAGGAGAAGAGCGAUAUCUCUCGUCUGCCAAUCCAAAUCGAAACUGGCUUCGACCCUCCCUUUUUCCUCCGCUUCUGAAAUCGGAAAACCGUUGAUAAGCGUUUUACAAAGAGGAGCAUCAAGGCCAGCUAUCUCUGAUUCGGGUCUCAAGACUGUGGACUCAAAUGGAGCCAAGGGUCUAUUGUUUGGCUUCCGAAAUCCGCAAGCAAGAAUGUGUACUGAAACUCGACAAAAGAAGAUGAACUCAUCUUGCUUUUCUAGAUCUUUUGCGUCAAGAACUUCUAAAGAACAGCACGAUAAGGCUAAGAAAGCGGUGACGACUGUGGAGGAUCCUUUUGAUUCUCCGACGUACCAUAUCCCAGAGAAGCCGGUGACCUUUACAGAAGGCGCUUCCUACAGUCUUGUUAUUCUGGCUGGGCUUGGGGUCGCUGGAGCUGCUGCUUAUGCGGUGUUUAAAGAGCUCAUUUUUCAACCAAAAGAGUACAAGAUCUUUGACAAAGCCUUGAAGAGAAUUCAAGAUGAUGGACAGGUGAGGGUUAGGAUUGGAUCCCCCAUCAAAGGCUACGGACAAGAAACCAGAAACCGAGCUGCUCGUCAACGUAUACCCAACAGAGUGUUUACAGAUGAAGACGGAGUAGAGCAUGUAGAGGUAAACUUCUACAUCCGUGGGCCUCAAGGAGCCGGGAAAGUGUACGCCGAGAUGUUUAGAGACAAAGCAGACAAGGAAUGGAAAUACACUUACCUCAUCGUUGAGAUUUCAACACCUUCCCCUGCCAAACUUAUGCUCGAGUCCUAUUUGCCCGCCUAA